UUUAUCUCAUUCGGGGGCGCUAUUUUAUUGUUAUUAUUUUGAAUGUGUUUUCCUGAGGCCCCCAUGGCUGUUGUGCCAGCACUCAUGUAGGUUUAUCCACCCACGGCUAUACCUUCGGAAUAUUCGCUCGAUUACUCACCGGGUCGGUAUCCACGUGCAUUUACGGGAGUUGCCAGUCCCAGAGAAGUUGCCGUUGGCGAAAGGAGGGUUUUCCCGUUCCCGACGACAAGUCCGGGCCGGGCGCGUUUUGGUCAACCUCGGCGGUUCCCGUGAGCGACAGCAAAAAUUUCGGGUUUUGACUUAGGCGGCGAAGUGUUUGACCCUUUCGCGGACGAGGCGAGAGAGGAUCUACCCUUCCCUGCCGUGGACCCUGUGCAACCGAACGGACCCAACUUUGAGGCGGAGAAAAUGAGCCAAGCGAAGCGGGAGGCGGGCGAGGGCCAGCCCGGGACUUCGGAGGAGGCAGCGCCGCAGCCCGUGAAGAGAGGUCGCGGCAGGCCGAGAAAAAAUCCGGAAAGUAAACCUCCCGAAGGUCCGGUAGUGAAGAGGCCGCGGGGAAGACCACCCGGUAGCAAGAAUAAGAACCCUUCCAAGCGAGCGCAGAAGGAGCCGAAGAAACCCAGAGGCAGGCCACGCAAAUGGCCUGCAGCACAACCAAAGAAGGAGGCUGAAGCUGAGGGUGCGGAGGCAGCGGCAGCCGCUCAGGAGGAGGAGUCAGCAGAGGGGGAGGAGACGGAGUAACGUCCUCAUCACCACUCCUCAGCUGGUGCUACCACAGAUACGUCGGACGGGCGACACCCGACAACCACUUCCCGCUACUUUUUUCACCACUUUCCUAUUACAAAACAAACAGCCUACAGGACUGAUGGUUAGAACCGCACUCAGCUGUAGAAAAAGACACAAUGUAUGGAAGAAGACUGACUGACAGCCAACCUUAUAACAUGCAGGUGGAGGAAAGAACUUGUUAACAGGAGGAAAGAUUGUAAUUAUGAAAGGCUCUGUGAUUCCCACUCCUUGGGAGCAGUAUUAAUGCAUCCACUGCCAAGACAUGUUGUCUCAUAUGGUUUGCUCGAGUCUGGAGUUGGUAGAGUUUGGAGCGCCUAAAGAAAUUGUAGGGGGAUGUAUGCAGUUAUAAAAAGAUAUGGUAAUGAAAAUAGUGUAGUGAAAGUGACUUUUGAAUAUGAUAAAGGUGAUUGCUGACAUGUAAUGAACCUGGAUGGUGGUAUAUAGUUAAAUAUACUGUAGUAUACUAUAUGUAGCUGAUACUCUAUUGUAGGGAGAGUCUUAACUGCUAUUUCUGUGAAUCUGUUGAUAUAGUAUCUCCUGUUGGUCUUGUUUCUGGAGGUUACAUUCCUUAUUUUGUGUGGUACAGUGACAGGUAAAUAUAGGCUAUUGUUUAAUGGAAAAUACAACUUUAACAUUGUUAUUUCAGAUGACAAACACACAUAAUGUGAUGCGAUUCCAGCAGUACAAAUUGACCUACAGCACAAAUCUGUUUUUGUUCUACAGAAUUCAUUUUUACCUUCAAGAACCAACCCUUGGUUGCCCCUGUGUCUUGUCACAGGUGUGCAUUUGCUGGACUC